UUUUCAUUGCCAUUUUCUAGUAACUGAAAUUAGCAAAAGGAAGAAUUAUGUGUUUUUUCUAGAGAGAAAGCAGAGCAUGGGCCAAAUCCCUCCCUCGUGGGCCGGAACGCAACCGAACAGAGAACACCAGCGCUUCAUAUAUAUAUACAUGGCCGUCCCUUCUUCCCUCUGAAAAACUCUCUGAAAAAAUACCCCGCCUGACCGGCUCACCUCCGCCGCGUCCACCCCCACCCGGCUGACCGUCGGCGGCGCACCGGCCCUCUUCGCCCCGUACCCCCGCCCGCCGGCCCCGCCGCCAAGAACUCGAGCUUUCUUGGCACAAGAAGCCGUUUCUUGGCCCGAGACAGCGUUUCUUGGCACAGGCCAAGAAACCCGGCGCCGGCGAGAUGCCCAGAAGGCCCCGCCGGGUCCAGGCGCACCCCGUGGCGGCGCAGCUCGGAGAGGAGGGGCGCCCCCUGCGCGAGCGCCUCCGGUUCGCCGUUCGACGCGGGACGGCGCGCGGAGGCCCCGCCGUCCGCGCUCUGCUUUGGCCGCUCUGUCGCGCGGUGGCGCUCGGCGGCCGGCAUCUCCUCCGCGUCGUUCGGCGCGGGAUGGCGCGCGGAGGCCGCCAUCUUCUGCGGCCUUUUCGUCUCCUGAGGCGCGGCCUGGAGCUCGGCGGCCGCGCCCUGCAGCGCGCCGCGCUCGCCCUCGGCCGCCCUCUUCGUCUUCUGUGGCGCGCCCUGGAGCUCGGCGGCCACGCCCUGCAGCGCCGCGCGCUCGCCCACGGCCGCCGACUCCUCGUCUCCCGCGUCCGACAGCAGGAGGCUGUGUACGGAGACGGCGAUAGCGAGCCCAGGACGCCGCCGAGGCCGACAGCGCGUGGCACGGCUAUCUUCUACGAUCCCCGUGGGCGUCGACCUCGUCCUCCCUCGCUGCCGCUGCCUCCGCCGCCGCUACCUCCGCCGCCCCAGCCCUCUCCUCCUCCUCCGGUGGUUGUUGAUGGGGUGGAUGUGCCCAGGCACAUAGUCGAUCUUUUUGUCGACUAUUGCAGGAGAAGCUGUCCGGCUAAUUCAACAAUUUGUCACUUUUGCGUCUUUGAAAUUCAGCGCUCUCGUAAUUUCACUGUUGCCACUUGGGAGAUGCCUGGGCACUGUCAGCGUUACCAUAGCGAAGAGGGAGCGAGUGUCCGUUGCCCCGUGGCUGGCUGCCAUGUUCGAGUACGUCCAGGACGUGAUUUGGCACUGCACAGCCGCUUCGUGCACGAUUUCCCCCCAGGCUGGUGGCGUCGGUACAUCUGAUCUUUGAUGUACACAAGAAAGGUCAGGCUAACAAGUGAUGCAAAUCUAGUUGCUGUCAUGAUGCUGUGAUGAUGGAGACGAGGAAGCCCACCUGAAGAGCGAUGCAAAUUCUCUGUUUUUUUCGUUCUUUAGAUGAUUCAUUCAUAGCUGAGAAUGAAGAAACUCUUAGGCAUGCUGCGAUUUGUAAAAUAGACUGCUACUCAUUCAGGCUUAAAGUAAACCAGAUUGAAGCUAGUGUGUACAGACUGGGAUCAAGUGUUUGAUCAUGAUUGGAUCUUGCAAAACAUCUUCUUAAUUUCAAAACAAUAGAUGGAUCUGUUAGCUUUUUAUUGCCAGAAGACAUGCUAUUUUUUGCGGCUAGGCAAAUCACAUAACCUGACAAUUCCCUGCUGUUAUUCCAAACCCAGCAGCGUUACGCUAGUGUAACAUUGACAGCCCAGACAUUACUUAUUGGAAAUAGCGAAGAUUCAAUAUAUAUACCGCCAGUUGAUUUUUUCAAAUAAAGCAAUCAGGUAUCCAUAUCACUCAAUUUUCCGUUGACAUGAUUAUAACAUAUGUAAACAGAUGAAACUCAAAACCAUUUAUUCAGAGGCAACAAGUCUAAAUAUUGGAACCAAUAUCUCAAAUUCUCAAUGCAAGUAUCGUCGCUUGUCUGAGUAGCUCCAAAUGGACAGUCUUGCUAAAGCCCUGCUCAAUAGUGGACGGAAGAAAACAUCUUAAUUUCAAAACAAUAGAUGGUUUGUUUGCUUUUUUUUGCCAGAAGGCAUGCAG